UCUCUUUUUACAAGAACCAUAUGAUAUAAAUUCUGACAUUUCUAAAAUUACAGUUAUGAUGACAUCAGUAUACGGUCAGCUAUUAGAUGAUAGCAAACCAGUCUCCGCUUUUUAUGUAACUUAUAUAAGGAUUAGUCUUACACACCUAAUGAAGAGCUUUUAUUCUACAACUUAGGACAUUAUUCAUGUACAUUACCUGCUUUGCUUUUUCUUUUCAAGAAAUGUACAUUUCCUUAAGACAUAUUUGACAAUCUUUAUAAAUAUAUAUUUAUUAACCUUUUAAAAUAUAUAAAAUAUAUUUAUAUGAUGCUAUUUUCAAGUAAAUACCAAUGACAUCAAGAAAAAUUAAUCAAGAUUUACCAAACUAUUUCCCUCUAUUGUCUUUUGAGCACAUUUAUUUUGUCUGUUUUAAAGCUAGUUUUAUUUUAUUAUUUUUAACAGCUGAGGUAAGGACUAUGAAGGGAGGUGAGGCAGAGGCAGGACCAGCCCCUACUGCUCCUGCCAGGGGCUCCUGGGAGGCGCUGCCUGUGAAGCAGGACAGGAGAGCCCUGAGAGACGCAGUUUGCAGGGCAAUUGCUGGCCCACCUGUGAUUCUGGCAGCCCUGCCUCUUGUUCUGCCUGCAUAUUCCCGUUCUGCUGGAAUCUCUGGUAACUGUGCACGAGGCCUGAUCGUUAGUGUGUGCAAGUAACAGCCAGGCUCUCCAUCACAGGCUACCCCAGCCCGCCAGAGAGUCAGCAUGUGCACCUCUGGAAGCAGCACUGCCAAGCCUGGCCUCAUUUGUAUCCUUGUAAUUAGUCAGGCCUGGCUGUCUCAAAACGAGGAGUGCGACGGUCUUGUUUUCACCAAUGUCGUGUGUCAUCUUUGUCUAUUACGAAAGGAGACAUAUACCAAUAGAGGGAAAUUGGAGUAAACACAAUGAUACUAUCCUAUUUAACCAACACAUAUUGCAUGUACGGUGAGGCAAGCACUGGUCUCGGCACUUUGCAAAUAUUAAAUCAUUUAAUCCGCCAGACUGCUCUACUACUACUAUUAUAAUUAUUCCCAUUUUACUGAAAAGGAAGCUGAAGCUCAGAGAGGGUGAGUAACUUGUCCAAAGUCCCACAGGCGGUGAGGGCAGAGGACACAGCAGCAGUGCCACCUGUGCCGGAGUCUUGGCCUUAGGGUUCCGUGUGCCGGCCCCCAAGGUGGCUACUGUGCCACAGCAGAUCUUGCUGAACUGUCACAUCCCUUUGGGGUCUAUAAACACACCUGCCAGUCUGCAGAGGUACACACGAUGUGUGACAUUGCUGGGUUUGGAACUGUACACCCUCUGUCUCUUGGUGUUUAUGUCAGUGGAAGAAGGAUUUGUAACCACUGUCCUUCCAGAAUUCAAAGUGGGUACGGAUUAAUGCUGCAUGGGAAACCCAGGCUUCCAGGCCCCGGCCCCCGGGGCUGUCAGGUGAGCUGUACUGCACAGCAUCACUCAGCAGCACUGGGACAAAGGCCAAGGGUGGUUGCCAUCCCUCUUCUUCUGCACUUUUUCACUAGGUCCUGUACCUUGACGGAUGGUGGCUCUGAGGGCAGCAGUGUUGCUGGACUUGACAACAUUGAGAGAAGCCACUAUUCAGGCUGGUGUGUCAAUGACUUGGACGUUUGACCAUUCCUCUCUGUCACCUGCCAUGGGGAGUUAAAUAGCAGCCUUGCCUUGCCUUAAUCCUGUCCUUCCCAAAGCGUGUUCUGAGGAGGACGCAGCCCUCUGCCCCCAUGUCGCCACCUUGGAAGGACUGACCAAAUCCAGCAGCCUGUGCCACUUCCCACCCACCAUGGGACCCGAGGGAAGCUUGCUGAGUGGGGGACAAAUGCAGAUCACCCUGUGGGGAAGCCUGGCAGCUGUGGCCACCUUCUUCCUCAUCACCUUCCUCAUAUUUCUGUGCUCCAGUUGUGACAGAGAAAAGAAGCCGAGACAGCACAGCGGAGACCAUGAGAACCUGAUGAACGUGCCUUCCGACAAGGAGAUGUUCAGCCGUUCAGUUACCAGCCUGGCCACAGACGCGCCUGCCAGCAGCGAACAGAAUGGGGCACUCACCAACGGUGACAUUCUUUCAGAAGACAGCACCAUGACCUGCACACAGCAUUACGAGGAAGUCCAGACCUCAGCUUCAGAUCUGCUGGACUCCCAGGACAGCACAGGGAAGCCAAAAUGUCAUCAGAGCCGGGAGUUGCCCAGAAUUCCUCCUGAGAGCGAAGUGGACACGAUGCUCAAUGGAGAAAGCGCGGACGGGGACCAGGGUCUGGGGAUGGAGGGGCCGUAUGAAGUGCUCAAGGACAGUGCCUCACAAGAAAAUAUGGUGGAGGACUGCUUGUAUGAAACUGUGAAAGAAAUUAAGGAGGUGACGGCCGCUGCCCACUCAGCUGGAGGCCACAGCAGCAGGUCGAAGUCAACUUCCACUGUGAAAGAGCUUCCGGGGCCCCAGGCCAGUGGCAAAACAGACUUUGCUGAAUAUGCCUCCGUGGACAGAAACAGAAAGUGUCGACAAAGCGCUAAUGCAGAGAGUAUUCUUGGAAAUUCAUGGGAUCCAGAAGAGGAGGCGCCACCCCCUGUCCCCAUUAAACUUCUGGAUGAAAAUGAAAACCUUCAGGAACAGGCAGAGAGUAAAACAGGAGAAGAAGGGGCCGCCGAGGGGACCAGUGAAGCCAACAAGAGAUUUAGUUCGUUGUCAUACAAGUCCCGGGAAGAAGACCCAACUCUCACAGAAGAAGAGAUCUCGGCCAUGUAUUCAUCAGUACAUAAAAAAGGACAGCCAGGGAACAAAUCAGGACAGUCACUCAAAGCACCAGAGUCCACCUAUACCUCCAUCCAAGGAGCCGCUCUGAGGUCACCCUCUUCCUGUAACGAUCUCUAUGCUACUCUUAAAGACUUGGAGAAAAUUCCCAACAGUGUCAGCACUCUUCCAGCAGCAGGGAGGCCCAACGGCGAGGAGCCCGAACCAGAUUACGAAGCAAUACAGACUCUAAACAGAGAGGAAGAGAAGGCUGCCCCGGAGACCAACAGCCACCACGGCCUUUUCCCAAAGGAGAAUGACUACGAGAGCAUCGGGGACCUGCAGCAAUGCCGAGACAUCACCAGGCUCUAGCAGCCCGGAAGACAACCCAGCUAGCAUAGGACCAGCCGGCAGGGCCAGUGCUGUUGCAGAACACAAGAAGCAGUGUCAGCCACACUGCAUAUGCUGCUUCCGGAAAAGGAAGAUGACUGGAGAUGCCGAAACCGCUUCUCAGUUUGGAGAACAGUGAGGUACACACCCUACUGCCAGGGCACGGGCACACCCAAGCACACCUCCCUCAUAUACCCACACCCUCUGGAAGGAUCCCAGCUGUCAGUGGUCUCACCCUCUUUGUGAAGAAAGCCACACAGUAAGGAAGAAAAGCACUCAUCCGAAACCACCGCUCACCUGCCUGAAGCACUGCCACUCCCAGGGGCCGGGUUUCUCUCCCUCUCUCCCCUUUCUGCUGCCUGCUACUAACGGUAAAAUGAAUGGCUUUUUUCCCCUUGAAAUCUUCCGAUUUAUAAUGGUUCAUUCCAAGGAUAUUCUCCCACCAGCCUGGCCUUUGCCUUCAACGUGGGUGUUUUUCGAUGGUAAGAAAUUGUGGUUGCUGCUUCCCUACCGCUCCCCAGUCCUCUUCAAGCAGCUGCCCCUGGGAACCGGGACCGGCCAGUGGAUAGGAUUGGAGAUGCCCCUUGAGCUUCUUAGCUCUUCAUUCCUUCUGAUUCGGGCAGUCCAUGUCAGCAGCCUCUCCCAAAGUACUUGAAGUCAUUGUUAGAUGCUUUAUUUUAUUUUUAUAGUCAAAAUGGUUUUUUCCCCAGUAUUUGAAACUCUUCAGAGCCUUCAAUGAAUAUCGUGGUACUUCCAUACUUCUUUUAGCCCAGAGCUCAUUCCUCCAAAACAGAGAGCCUUAAUCUCUAUGUUGGGACACAGACCACAUGUUUGGAUGGCAGCCACGGCUUCCAUUUCCCAAGGGCUGUGAACUUGAAUGUGUAUUUCUGAUGACCCCCGCUGCCACACCAGCCGUGUGGGAUUUCAUACAUGAACUGCUCCCCUAAGUAUCACAGACCCGGCCUGGCAGCAUGGAAGCCGUUCCCCAGCACCUCCUGGCACGAAGACAGCUCUGCCCAGCUCACGUUUGGGCUAUCUCGAUAAGGCACAGAUCCACCUGGGGAAGCAGAUGCCGGGUGUUAUUUGCCAUGAACUUUGCUAAACCAUGUACACUCUUGCCCACAUCUUUCGUGAGAAUGGUUGGCACUGAGGAGCCAUGGAGAAGAACUUUUUAAAAAUUCUGUUGAGGACUCAGACUCACAAAUGCAGAAAAAUGAGCACUGUGCUCUAACCAGGUAAGCCCACAGGUCCCCUACAAGGUAUUGAGAUUGGAGGGAAAUCCCUGGAACAGCAGACCAAUAGCUACCCAUAAAGUAGAAGGGCACUGAUUAUUUUGAGAGGGAAAAAAAAAACAAAACAACUCUUUCCUGUAAGAAUUAAUCACUUCUAGAGUAAAUUAUGUGUAACAUUUCUUAGCCAUGUAGCUAUUGCACCCCAUCCCCUGAGAAACAGUGCUUAUGAGUUAUGUGAGUUAUAACUAGUUUGAGCUCCUCUCCAGGUCUCAAGGAAAUGAGAACGUUCAAGCAUCUAACUCUGGAGUUACCAGAUGUUGAACAUAACUUGGUCAUUUAUAGGCAAAAUCCCUGAUGUUUGGUGAUGUUAGGUGAUCCAGUGGCUGAGGGUCUCACGUUCUGCACGCCUGAGGAUCCAGGAUGUGUUCAGUUUUGAUUUUCUUAACCUUCACUCUCAUCAUAGCUUAUUUGAAUGGGUAUUCUAGAGUGUAAUAUUUUUUUCCAAAUUAACAGAACAGAUAUGUUCAUUCUCAUUAUACAUUUAAUUCUUAAAAGCCUAUCUGGUAUAUCAGUUAGGCACCCUUCACAGGACAGUUAAGGCUAAAACAGAGAGACCAGUCUUGUCCCCUGGAGCCUGCAUUUCAGAACCGACUUGUUGCAAUGUCUGGUUUUAUUUUGUUUUGUUUGUCUUUUUAACUCAACAAGUGGGAAACAAUGAGUGUAAACAAACUCUUUCCUUUUCCUUUUUUAAGCUUAAGGGGAAAAAGAAAUGUAAUUUUAGCUCCUCAUUUAGGUAGUAAAGGCUUCCCUGACAGACAGCAGUGCCUUUCCCUAGGCGAAGAGACUAGAACCAAAGGCCUGAGUCGGUCUUUGAACAUUCCUUGGACAAGUUUUUAUGUAUUUUUGAUGUCAAACCCAUAGAUGAACCUGACAGGAUGAUCAUGACCCAUCCAGUAAGUGUGCUUGCUUUUUUCGCAUUCAUCCUUUUAAAUAUAAGCUUCUCUGUCUUUCCUGAGCCGCGCUCGAAACUUAACUCCUGUGGGCGCCUCCACGGCUGCCUCCUGACGUCCUGGAGAUUUGGCGGCACCAUCAGCAGUGCUUUGCUCUCAGGGAGAAGCUCGCGGAACGUGUUGGGAAAGUUGAAUUUUACAUCCACGUCAACAGGCGUUUGACAGAGUCCUGUAUGCCUCAGAUGUUUGACCCUUUUUAAAAUUUUUUCUUUAUUUUUUUUCUGAGUACCAACUACAUAUUUGAUUCUCAGGGGGUGGGUAGGGCAGGAAUUAGAAGUAAAAUUUGAACUAAGUGAUGUGGGAAAGACUUCCUGCCCCUGUGUGUGUGACUCUGGAAAAUAUUUUAUUCCAGUGCCCUGCCUACCACUCUGAGUCUCUUGAGAAGCACACCGUAAGUGUAUAUAAGAUUGAGAAAGAAUAUCUCGAAGACUUAAAUUAUUGUUUAGGUAUUUUUUUCUUUGUAAACUCAGGAAUAAACCUGGUUUGUGCAUGGCAGAAUAUGGCUACCAAAGCUAUAAUUUCUAGGUAUCUAGGUGCAUUCUUUCAAAUAUAUUUCAUUCUAACUUUUUUAAAAACUGGGGAAAGAAACUCCUAGUAAUGAAAAAACAAAACCAACAAGAGACGUCCAUAAACUCUUUCUAGAAGAACAUAGUAUCAGUCUAACCUCUGCCCCAGAGUGUUUGUUUCUUGCCUAUAGUAUUUCAACAAUUUUUAUGGGAGAAAAAAAUGCACGUUUUUAUGUCUUGGAAAAAUGAACUGAAGUAUUGAAUUAAAUUCUCAGAGGGGACAAUUUAGUUUAAAGAGAAGCAUUGGUUUUGGAGAUCAACUCAUGGCUCUGUGGUCCCCGUUCCAGCACUGACUUUACUGUGUGACCUUGAGCAAAUGAUUAACUACUCUGUGCCUCAGUUUCUCCAUAUACAAAAUGGGGAUAAUGAUACCAACCAUUGCCUACCUCAUAGGGAUGUUAUGGGGACAAAUGAGAUAAUAUAAAUACAAAUGCUUUGAAUUCCGUCAGAAAGGUGCUAUAUAAGUUGAAAUUGUGUUGUUUUUAGUGAUCCAAUUAUUAAUUAUGUUUAGGGUUUAAAUAAUAGCAAUACUGUUAGUCAUGUUAAGAAUAAGUUUCAACUUGAUUCAUAUUUACAAUUCUCUUCUGUGGCCAGAUCUUGAUCAUUUAUCCAGUAAUGGUACCUAAGGAACUGAAAUGGAUAUUUGUUUUCUGUGUAUUUUUGCCCAUAGUAUUUCUAUGCUGAAUGUUCCCAAAAGGCUGGAGUUCAACUUGUCCUAUCUUAUAGUUUACAUGUAAUGAACCUUACUCAAGCUGUAUAUAAAAGUAUAAUUACAUGUAAAUAGCAGGUGCAUUGUAAUUAAAGGCACUUAUCAACUUGUCUUUGUUCUUUUUUAAUUGCAAUAAAGUU